AUGAAGCCAUUGGUGCCUGAAGCUUCCUUAAAUCCAGAAUUAUAUGGGUUAAGAAGAUCACAUAGAGAAAGAAGAGGUCCUACGGUGAUAGAAUCAGACUCAGAUUCUGAUGAUAUACAGCCAACACGAAGAAAGAAGAAAACAAACACUGAUUAUGAAGACGACAUGGAUAUAGAUAUAGAUGACGACGAGGAAGAAGAAGAAUUUGACGAGGAUGAUGAUGAAUUUGUUGACAGUAAUAGAACUACGAGCAAGAAAUCAAUAAAACCAAAAAAGAAACUUUCCAAGAAGAAAAACCACAAAUCUGUUAGUCCUGAAAUACCCAUCCAAGAAUUAAGAUUUUCAACUAGAAACAAUAAACAAAUUAAUUAUACUGUUGAUGAUGGAAAUGAUGAUGAUUUAUUAGAAUCAGAAAUCGAAGAAGAAGAUGAAGACGAGAAUGGAAAUUAUUAUUAUUAUCAACAAGCUAUAGAACCUGAAAAUGAACGAGGGAUUGAUUUGGUAAUGGAUCAUAAACUAAACCCGGAGAACGCAGAGAUAACGAAUGAACCAAAAUUGGAUUAUCUUUUCAAAAUCAAAUGGACUGACGCUUCUCAUUUACAUAACACAUGGGAAAAUUUCGCAGACUUGAAGGACUAUAAAGGUUUUAGAAAAGUUGACAACUACAUCAAGCAAUUCAUAAUAUUUGAUAAUGAGGUUAGAAAUGACCCCUUAACAACCAAAGAAGAUAUAGAAGCAAUGGAUAUUGAAAGAGAAAGAAAAAGAGACGAACAAGAAGAAUAUAUACAAGUAGAAAGAAUUGUUGACAGUCAAAGAGUUGAAAAAGAUGACGGGGAAACUCAAUUGGAAUAUUUUGUAAAAUGGAGAAGACUUUACUACGAUGAAUGUUCAUGGGAAGAUGCUGAAGAAAUUGCAAGAAUAGCACCAGAACAAGUAACCAAAUUUCAACAAAGAUUAAACUCCAAGAUCCUACCUCAUUUAUCGGCAAAUUAUCCAAAUUCACAAAGACCACGAUUUGAAAAAUUAGUUAAACAACCAAUAUUUAUCAAAAAUGGUGAAUUAAGAGAUUUCCAAUUAACUGGUUUAAAUUGGAUGGCUUUCCUUUGGUCAAGAAAUGAAAAUGGUAUAUUAGCAGAUGAAAUGGGUUUAGGUAAAACAGUUCAAACCAUUGCAUUUUUGUCGUGGUUAAUAUAUGCUAGAAGACAAAAUGGUCCCCAUAUUGUUGUUGUUCCAUUAUCUACUAUACCCGCUUGGCAAGAAACUUUUGAAAAAUGGUCACCAGAUAUUAAUUGUGUCUACUACUUAGGAAAUAGUGAAGCAAGAAAAACUAUUAGAGAUUAUGAAUUUUAUAGUGCUAAUGGAAAACCAAAAUUUAAUGUACUUUUAACUACUUAUGAAUAUAUUUUAAAAGACAGAAAUGAAUUGGGUUCUUUCAAAUGGCAGUUCUUAGCAGUUGAUGAAGCACAUAGAUUAAAAAAUGCAGAAUCCUCACUUUAUGAAUCAUUGAAAAGUUUCAAGGUUGGUAACAGAUUAUUAAUUACCGGUACUCCAUUGCAAAACAACAUCAAAGAGUUAGCUGCGUUAUGUAAUUUUUUGAUGCCAGGUAAAUUCAAUAUUGAACAAGAAAUUGAUUUUGAAACACCAGAUGAAGAACAAGAAUUAUAUAUCAAAGAUUUACAAAAAAAUAUUAAACCAUUUAUUUUGCGACGUUUGAAAAAAGAUGUUGAAACUUCAUUACCAUCUAAAACUGAAAGAAUAUUACGUGUUGAAUUAUCAGAUAUUCAAACUGAUUAUUAUAAAAACAUUAUAACUAAAAAUUACGCAGCUUUAAAUGCUGGUAAUAAAGGGUCUCAAAUCUCAUUAUUAAAUGUCAUGAGUGAAUUGAAGAAGGCAUCUAAUCAUCCUUACCUAUUUGAUGGUGCAGAAGAUAGAGUUUUAACAAGAGCUGGUUCUUCAAAUAGAGAAAAUAUUUUGAAAGGCAUGGUUAUGUCCUCAGGUAAAAUGGUAUUACUUGAACAAUUAUUGACUAGAUUAAAGAAAGAAGGUCAUAGAGUAUUAAUUUUUUCUCAAAUGGUCAGAAUGUUGGAUAUUCUAGGAGAUUAUAUGUCUAUAAAGGGAUAUCAAUUCCAAAGAUUAGAUGGUGGUAUUCCAUCAUCUCAAAGAAGAAUUUCAAUUGAUCAUUUUAAUGCGCCAGAUUCUAAAGAUUUUGCAUUUUUAUUAUCCACAAGAGCUGGUGGGUUAGGAAUAAAUUUAAUGACAGCUGAUACAGUAAUUAUAUUUGAUUCUGAUUGGAAUCCUCAAGCCGAUUUACAAGCAAUGGCUCGUGCUCAUCGAAUUGGACAAAAGAAUCAUGUUCUGGUUUAUAGAUUUGUUAGUAAAGAUACUGUCGAGGAACAAAUAUUGGAAAGAGCUAGAAAGAAAAUGAUUUUAGAAUAUGCUAUUAUUUCACUUGGUAUAACUGAUCCAAAUGCUAAAAAGAAUAGUAAAACAGAACCAUCAAAUAAUGAGUUAUCCCAAAUUUUAAAAUUCGGUGCUGGUACAAUGUUCAAAGAUAAUGACAAUCAACUGAAAUUAGAAAAUUUGAACUUAGAUGAAGUUUUAAAUCAUGCUGAAGAUCAUGUUACAACACCAGAAUUAGGAGAAUCAAAUUUAGGUUCAGAAGAAUUUUUAAAACAAUUCGAAGUUACUGAUUAUAAAGCAGAUAUUGAAUGGGAUGAUAUUAUACCACAAGAAGAAUUAACCAAGUUGAAAGAUGAGGAAAAGAAGAGAGCAGAUGAACAAUAUUUACAAGAACAAAUUGCAAUGUAUUCAAAAAGAAGAGCUGCCGUCAAAAAAUAUGAAAAUGGUUCAGUUGUUCCGAGCGACGUUGAAGAUAGUAGUGAAGAACAAUCAUCAUCAAAACCACCAAAAAGAAGAGGUGCAAUUGAUCAACAAUUAUCUGAAAAAGAAAUUAGAGGAAUUUAUAGAUCUAUAUUAAGAUGGGGUGAUUUAGCUGGUAAAUGGGAACAAUUAGUUGAAGAAGGUACAAUCUCAAAUAAAAACCCCGUUUAUAUAAAACAUGCUUAUAAUGAAAUAGUUAGUACUUCAAGAAAAUUGGUUAAAGAAGAAGAAAUUAGAAGAGCAGAAGUAUUAGCAGAAUUAGAAAGAAAAGCAAAAGAACCAAAAGAAGAAGAUUCAAAACAAACAGCUUUAUGGAUUGCUAAAAAGAAAGAGAAAAAAGCAGUUUUAUUUGAAUAUCAAGGUGUUAAAAAUAUUAAUGCUGAACUAGUACUUAAUAGACCAGUUGAUAUGAAAGCAUUAGAAGAGAUUUUACCAGAAAAUGAUCCAUUAAAUAUAAAAUUACCAAAACAACCAAAAGCAGUACAAGCAUGGAGUUGCGAUUGGUCACCAAAAGAUGAUGCAAUGUUGUUAGUUGGUGUUUAUAAAUUUGGAUAUGGUUCAUGGGUUCAAAUUAGAGAUGAUCCUUUAUUAGGUUUACAAAAUAAAUUAUACUUGGAAAGUGCACCUAAUUCAAAAGAUUCAAAAAAUAAAGAACAAAACGAUGAUAAAAAAGAGGGUAAAGAAAAUACUAAAAAAGUCCCAGGUUCUGUACACUUAGGUAGAAGAGUUGAUUACUUAUUUACUUUGUUAAGAGAUGAUGAAGAAGGAACUACUAAUGAUACUUCAAAUACUACAACAAAGAAAAGAGUUAAAAAACCAGUUGAUCCAGCUAACAAAAAACGAUCAUUGACUAAAUCAGAAACUCCAGAAUCAACCACUAGAAAUGUAAAAGCUAAAAAGACUUCAUCUCAUGAUAAUAAAAAAGCAACACCUUCACACAACAAAAAAGCAUCAUCAUCAUCAUCACAUUUGAAACAUGAAGUUAGUGCAACUCCACCUAUCAAAACAAGUAAAGAACCAGAAAAACAUACCAAAAAGGAAUCCAGCUCCGAUAAUUACCAUCAUCAUCAUAAUAAUAACAUUACUACGAAUAAUAAUAAUUUACACAACAACAAAGAUGAUAAUGAUUAUGAAUAUGAUAGUAUGGAUGAAUCAAAAUGUAAAUCAGCAUUAGAUCCAGUAUAUAAAUCAUUAAAAAAUUUACAAAAGGGAUCUAAAGGAUUAGAUAAACAUGAAUGGGCUAAAAUUUUAAAAAAGGAAUUAAUUACAAUCGGUGAUGAAAUUGAAAAAUCAACAAAUAAAAUUCAAGAUGAAGUUAAAUCUCAAAAAUUUCAAAAACAUCUUUGGUCAUUUGCAAGAUCUUAUUGGCCAAGUAAAGUACCAAGUAAUAAAAUUAGUGAGAUGUAUAAAAGAGUUAAAAAAUCUUGA